AUGUAUUUAAUUCUCUUUACAAGUUUCUUUAUUCCAAUAAUUUAUUGUCAAUCGAUCUAUGAGCUAUUGAAUUCAUUCAAAUUUUUAAACAAUGGAACAAUAUCAAAUUCUGAUAUCUAUGAAUAUCAGUAUGAAUAUGCAUUUUAUACAGAACCAGAGAAUGUAACACAAGCAAAAUUUGCAUGGGUACAAGAAAAUGUACGACCAUAUUUAUAUCAAAUGGAUCCAAGUAAAACAUUGCAAUGUGAUUCAAAUCCAUUAUUAUCAGAAACAGAUUUACCAGGUGGCGAUUUUCUAUCAUUAAUACCAUCAUUAGCUGAUCCAUCUCAUUGUAAUACAUUAUGUUGUACAUAUAUGUCAUGUGUUUCAUGGUCUUAUACUUCAUCAGCACCAUCAGAUUUUAAUGAUUGUCAUGAAAAUGAGCCAUGUUGUUAUUUAAAAUCAUAUAUAACCGAAUCCUCUCAUAAUUCAACAAUAAUAUCUGCCAUAAUGAAUCGUACAUUUCCCUACAAUCAUCCACCAUCAGGUUUAAGAUCAGCUGUACCAUUAGGUGGUAUUACAACAGGUUCAAUUGAAUUACGUGGUGAUGGAACAUUUCAUGAUUGGACAAUUGAAAAUCAAUCACCGGCUACUGGAGCAAAAUUUGGUUUAGUUGAUGAUGCAUUAUUAGCAUUUCGAAUUAAAAAUUCUAAUACAAAUGAAAGUGAUACACGAUUAAUACGUACACAUCCAAAUCAUGAUAUAAAAGGUAUACAACAUAUUAAAUAUUAUGGUUCAUAUCCUGUAAGUAAAUUAGAAUUAAUUGAUGAUACAAUAUUAGCAAAUAUUGAUUUAUAUGCAUAUUCAAUAUUUAAACCGGGUAAUUUGAAUCGUUCUAUGACACCAGCUAUUAUAUAUUCAUUAAAUAUAUAUAAUCCAAAUUCCUAUCCAAUUAAUAUUGAUUUUAUGUAUAGUUUACCAUUAUCUUGUCAAAUUGAUCAAACAAGACAAUCAAAUAAUAUAAUACAACAAAUAUUAUCUGAUAAAUAUAUUGAUUGUAUUAAUUUUUGUGAUCAAAA